AUGUAUUUCUUUACGAUCUUAAUUGAUUGCUCCCUUUUAGAUGCCUUCCAUACUGUCUUGUUGUUCCAACUUUUUAAACAAACAUACGAACACGAACAACAGCAACAAUCACCGCGACCACCACCCUCAAACAAUCACUCUCCAACCACAGGCAAACCAGCAGAAUUCGUCUUCGACUCCCACACCAUCGAUCGACAUGCCGGUAGAUCAUUCCGGCGACUGGAUCCGUUGAAAUCUGAGUCGGUUCCGGCAGGUUCCUUGCCGCCGGAUUCCGGCCGGAAUUGCACAGGAAAUAUCCGAUCAGUUCCUGACCGUUUCUAG